UGUCCCAUUGGGCAUAUUCCCAUUCACUUCCUGCCCCAUAGCCAAAACAGGAAGUGAGAGGAAAUACCUCCAAAAUGAGGAACUCCUGGUUUUCACCAGGGUCAUUAGAAUUAGUGUCCCCAUUGGAAGAUUUCUAUUCCUGUUCUGGUGACAACCCAAAAUUUGGUAUUUUCUUUCACUUUCAGUGAGGGGCAGACUGACAACUCAUGGGGCCCCGGGCAAUAGGGGAUCAUGGGGCCCCUGUGUCCUUGCCCAAACUCAAAAAAGCCUAUGAAAAAGGUACCAGGGGCAUCUCAUGGGGCCCCCUACUGACCCCGGGCCCUCGGGCAGUGCUCGAGUUUCCAAAUGGUUAGUCCGCCCCUG